AUGGUAGCCAACACCGACGUCAUCGCGCCUGACGGUAGCACAAAUCAGCAACAACACCACGGCGGGGAGGUUGAAAAAGAAAAAUCACAGUCUGCGCGACCAUUCUCGGACGGCAGGCCCUCAGAUGGCGACAGCGAAUUUGCAAAACAAGCAGACAAGCUCUCACUUCAAAAGUCUUGCGGGAGUGACAAGCACGAUAAUCCUGCCGUAGAGGCCCGCUUCGUUUCUCCGCAGGAUACGGUACUUGUCACCUCCAACGGCGAUAGGUUACCCGGUGUGCCAGUGGAGGAGGCUCACAGGUUGAACCAACUCCGCCAAGGAUUGAAUGAGGAAAAGAAUGCCGAGCCCACUGGUCCGGCCGCCGAGAAUCCUGCUGGAGAGAAUGGGGAAUCAGAGACAGGGUCAGAUGCGCCCCCUAAUGAGAAGAGCGAGGCGGCUGUACCGCUUGAUGAGCAGACCGCCAAAACAAAGAACGCCAAGUCAAUACAGGAGUCAACUCAAGGCAACCUGACCAAAUCGAUGCCGCCAUCGCACACGAACCCGCUGUUCCCGCCGUUACCUCUCUAUGGUCCACCCAGUCUGAUGCGCAACUUGCAAUGCACAACGUUUCGCGUCUCGUCCUUUUUCCUCUCGCUUGGUUUCCUCGGCGUCAUUGUCCUGGGUUCCUUGUUUACCAGCAUACCACCGUUUUGCAGCCGGGCCCUCAAGUACAUGUUACUCAAGAAUCCGGAUGCAGAACGACCAUUCUACGAGGAGGAGAAGCGCCGCGCGUCAGUACGAAAGGAGCUAGAGCGCAGGUGGAGGCGGCGCGGGUCCCUUGACAGGACGGCUCAGGACGUCGAGAACCGUGACGAUGAUGGCUACAUCCCAACAGAGGGCGGUCCGGAUCCCAUCAAGUGCGACGUUGGCUACUACGCCCGCCGCGUCGGGCUCGAUGUCGAGGAGUUCGAGGUUCAGACAGAGGAUGGUUUCAUCAUCGACCUUUGGCAUGUCUACGAUCCACGCGAGUAUGAAGAACUGGAGCCCAAGCAACGGAAAGAACGAGGCCCCGAAGUAUUCACCGGUCCCAAGAGAAAGCUGAAGAACCCAGACGGACCGAAAAGGUUUCCGGUGCUGUUGAUGCACGGCUUACUCCAAAGUGCCGGUGCUUAUUGUGUGAAUGAUGACGAUUCUUUGGCUUUUUACUUAUGCAAAUCCGGCUAUGACGUAUGGCUUGGUAAUAACCGCUGCGGCUUCAAACCAAAGCACACCCUCCUCAAAUACUCAGACCCUCGGAUGUGGUGCUGGAAUAUACGACAGAUGGGCGUAUUUGACCUCACUGCACUCACAUCUAGGGUCCAGUUCGAGACUGGUUUCGAAAAGAUCGGUCUGGUGUGCCACUCCCAAGGCACCACGCAAACAUUUGUCGCCCUAGCCAAAGAGCAACGACCCGAGCUCGGUGAGAAACUGAGCGUCUUCUGCGCCCUGGCGCCGGCGGCCUACGCCGGCCCGUUGAUUGGCAAGAUGUACUUCAAGUUCAUGCGCAUCAUCACCCCGUCCAUGUUCCGCCUGAUGUUUGGCAUCCACGCCUUCAUCCCCUUUAUGAUGACCAUGCACAGCGUCAUCAACCCGCGUAUCUACGGCAAACUGGGCUACAAGGUCUUCUCCUUCCUGUUCAACUGGACCGACACGCGCUGGGACCGCGGUCUCCGCGACCGCUUCUUCCAGUUUGCGCCCGUCUACGUGUCGGCCGAGUCGAUGCGGUGGUGGCUAGGACGCGAGUGCUUCGCAAAUCACAAGUGCAUCCUUGCGACCAAGGAAGAGUGGAAAGCCGAGGAGGAGGAAGAUGCGCAAAACGAUCAGACGGAAGCCCAGCAGCAGCAGGAAUCGACGGGACCAGGCGAGGAUCCGCCGCAGCGUUGGCCACGCAAUCUCCUCUUGGACCCGGAGAACGUCGAUCCGAACAACAUCCGUAGCCCGAGCCUGAGCCCGAGCCCCAAUCCGGAGACGGGUGCCAACGAGCGCCACCAAACCUUGCAGCAGCGCCGACGCCCGCUAGGCGCCACGGCGUGGUACAACAAGCAGGCCCCGCCAUUUGCGUUCUGGGUCUGCGGCCGCGACGACCUCGUCGACGGGCGCAAGCUCCUACGGCGCUUCGAGCGGGGCCGCGAGCCCCACGUGCGCGUCGUCCACAGCAGGGUCCUCGACGAGUACGAGCACCUGGAUGUCAUCUGGGCCAUGGACGCUCCCGACAGGGUCUUUAGCGAGGUCAGGGAGGUGCUCUGGAAGACUUGCAACGUGCGUGACCAGUGCAGGGUCCCCAAGGGGUGCGAAGAAGUCGCGCCCUGGUCGCCCGCUGACGAGGCCGAGGGCGUGGAGCAGCUCAACUACGGAGGCGGUAAGGGUGAAGAUAACGAGUUUUCGGGCAGCAGCAGCGAAGAUUUAUCCACGUGA